UUCUUCAGGGAGUGAAGAAAAGCCUGUGAACUGUUGGGAGAUUCUAAAUCUUUCCUUGAGAUGUCAGCCAAGAGCUUCAGCAUAGUCACAGCUGCUGCAAUGCUUAUUCUCUUCCAAAAGACACAGCUCUCAGUGCAAGCACCGUUAAAUGGAUCUAAGUGGUCUUACAUUGGUCCUGAUGGGGAGAAAACUUGGCACAAGAAGUAUCCAUUUUGUGGAGGAGUAUUCCAGUCUCCAAUAGAUUUUCACAAUGAUAUUCUCCAAUAUGAUACCACUCUCUUACCUUUAGAGCUUGUAGGCUACAAUGUGUCCUCCACUGACCACUUUAUGUUGACCAAUAAUGGUCAUUCAGUAAGAAUGAGUCUGUUUCCUACCAUGCACAUCAGAAACCUCCCUUUCCAAUACACUGCAACUCAGCUUCACCUUCACUGGGGAAACAGGAACAAGCCAGAAGGCUCAGAGCACACAGUCAGUGGGAGGCAUUUUGCAGCAGAGCUACAUAUUGUACAUUAUAACUCUGACAAAUAUCCCGAUAUAACAGCAGCAACAGACAAAUCAGAUGGGCUAGCAGUUUUGGCUAUUCUCAUUGAGAUAGGCCCAUUCAAUCCAUCCUAUGAAAAGAUCUUCAGUCAUUUCCAGAACGUGAAAUACAAAGACCAGGUAGCUCUAGUCCCAGGUUUUGACAUCCAAGAACUGCUUCCUGACCAACUGGAUGAAUAUUAUCGCUAUGAAGGAUCCCUGACCACUCCUCCUUGUUACCCUAGUGUUCUCUGGACAGUUUUCAGACACCCAGUAAAAGUUUCACAAGAACAGCUGCUGGCACUGGAAACAGCUCUGUACUGCACACAACCCAAUGACCCUGCACCCCUGGAAAUGGUUAAUAACUUCAGGCACAUUCAGGAGUUUGAUGAAAGGCUGGUUUCUGUCUCCUUCCGUCAAGAUUCAGUACAUGGUGGACUGAGCACGGGUGUUGUCUUUUCAGUUGUGUUAGCCAGUGUUCUUGGAGUUAUCAUCAUGCUUGCAGUAGCCUUUUGGCUGCUUAGGAAGAAGAGUUGCAAAAAGGAACGAGAAGACAACAGAAGAGUCAUCUACAAGCCAGCCUUUGACAAAGAGGAUGACAACACCUCUAAAGUAUGAAUUCCUACUCUGCUACAGCAGUCUCUUUUCAUUCAUUGCAUCAAGAGAAGUUUGCCUUGGGCAACAUGUUUCUUGUCUCCAGCCAGUUAUAAGCCUUGGAUGCACCUUUAAAACAAAGCAGCCAGAACACCCUGUGGUAGUCCUUGCCUACCUGAACCAAACCAGUUUUCUCCUAAGCAUGAAAAGCAGUCAGAGAACUUUUUAGUUUUUGUGUCAAAUAUGACAAAAUGUCACUGACAUGAAGAAAGGUCCAAAAACUACACACCUGUUAAAGUUUGUCCUAAAUUACCUGGAGCAAGCAAUCUAAUCAAAUGCUUGUCUAGUUGCACAAGAGCUUAGAGAGAUGUAAUCAGCCAGUAUUCUGGCUGGACUUGAGAGCCAUUUUCAUAGAAUCUUAGAAAUGCAGGGCUGGAAGGUACCUUGAGAAAUUCAUGUUGGCCCUUUUAAAUUUAUUAAUUAAUCAUAAACUUGAGCUUUACGGGCUGUUCAUGCCACAUAUUUCCCACAAAACAUUGAAGUCUAAAGACAUUCAUUAAUCCGUUAUCACUACUGUAUGGGGGUGUCUAUAUCCACUUCCCUGCAAAAAAUUAGAAUUGGGUGCUUCUCCAACAGUGGGAUCUUUAGUAUAAACCAGGUCUCCUAUACCUGCUAGUGUAGAUCACCCAGUAGCAUGGUUUAGAAGAUAGUUGCUAAUUGCAGUGGACAGUCUUCUAUACUAGCACAGCCAUUGGUGGAGCUGCAACAGAGGGAAAUAUUAGGGGGAAGAGGCUAGCAUAGAUAUAACCAGAGCCUUUUGCUCAGUCAGUGGGGUUUGAACCUAGAACCUCCAGUGUUAGACAUUUAUGUUUCUCUACUACUUGAGCUAAAGACUCCUAAGCUAGUUGCUGUAUAAGACUCAUUACCUGUUAUGUGUGCCAAUUGCUAAAGGGUGAAGAAAACGAUACCGUCCUUGUGUGACUUCCAUAGGUACAACCUAAACCCUUCCUCACAUUUUAUUGUGCUAAUUUUAUUUAAAAUUUGUGCCUGAAUGAUGGGGGGAUAAUGCAAUUACUACUUUUAAUCAGUCUGCUUUCCAUUAUAAUCAUGAAGCUGAUUCUUUUGAUUGUAUGAAAUGAGCAUUGACUAAUACUGAGCAUGUAUUAUGAGAUUGCAUAGUAGAUGGUUUUGAUGAAUUAGUUGUCUGAAUUUAGUAAUUUAAUUAUUAGAAGAGAAAAUGUAUUUAAUUAGAAUUAUCGUCUCAGAUCUCAUAAAAU